AUUGGGAGAGUAUUAAGUUAAGUCAGAAGCUCCUCUAACUCUAGGCAAUUAUUGGCAUGUUCACAUUUCACAGAAAAAAUGAAGAAAGUGGAUUAUUUGAAGAUGAAAACAGAAGAUGAAAUCUCAAGUGAUCAAAUCUUUUCGGACAUGAAUGAGAUUGCAAAUGCAGCCAAGAAGCUUGUUUCGGAUUCUAUCAAGCUUGGAGGUUUGGGUUUUGGUACCACUUUUCUUCAAUGGGUCGCUUCUUUUGCUGCAAUUUACUUGUUAGUUUUGGAUCGUACAAAUUGGAAGACAAAUAUACUCACUGGACUCUUAGUGCCUUACAUUUUCUUCAGUCUCCCUGGAGUGCUGUUCAGCAUUCUAAGGGGACAGGUUGGAAUGUGGAUUGCUUUCGUUGCAGUUAUAUUGCGUCUUUUCUUCCCUCAUCGCUUCCCUGAUUGGCUGGAACUUCCAGGGGCUAUGAUUCUGAUCAUAGCGGUAGCUCCUAAUUUAUUUGCUCAUACAAUCCGUGGCGAUUGGAUCGGUGCAGCUAUAUGUUUGGCGAUUGGAUGUUACUUACUGCAAGAGCACAUCCGAGCCUCAGGCGGGUUUAGGAACUCCUUCACAAGGGCUCAUGCUGUAUCAAACUCUAUCGGCAUAAUUCUUUUGUUGGUGUAUCCAGUUUGGUUCCUGAUAACCCAUUUUGUCUAGAACCUGCUUGAUCUGUUUUGACUGUUUUUACAGCUAGUUCUUGGUGAAUUCUCAUUAAAUUCUUUCAUUUGUGUGGAUUUAAGAUUCUAAAUAAAUAAAUAGUUUCAUCAAAUGGUAUAGUUGCUUCUGUAAAAUUUGUUGAUAUCUAUCUGUUGAAGUUAUGUAAGAAAGUUGAUACCUGUUAUCAGGGCCGUUUUUGAGGGUAGUUUUGAGGUGCAACCGCCUAGGGCCCACCUCAUAAAGAAGUCUAAAUUGAGUUAAUUCUUAUAAUUAAAAAUUAGUAUUUGCAUUAGUAGCUUGUAGUAGGGUUGAAUUUAUAGC